UGUGUGCGUGUGCAUGUGUGUGUGUACAUAUCUGCACACAUAUGUGGGUGGGUAUAUGUACAUAUGUAGAGGUUGAAUGUCAACUAUGGGUGUUGUUCCUAAGGAGCUGUUAACUUGUUUGUUUUGUUUUUUGACACAGGGUCUCACUGGCUUAGAGCUCCACAGUGGUUGAGGCUGGUUGGCCGGUGAGCCCUCAGAAUCCGCUUGCCUGUCUCCAAGAACAGGAAUUAUAGGCAUACACUGCUGCACCUGAACUUUUUAAAUGGAUUCUGGUGAUCCCAUGAGUACGUGGCAAGCAUUCCACUGAGAGCCACCAGAAAGGGGCCUCUCUGAUGGCCUGUGUGGCCAGGCAGGAAUGCCCUGCCUGCUCUGUAUCCUAACGCUCCUCACAGCACCUCUUGACCCCAAGCUUUAGCAACCUGUAACCAAUGGAACACUCGGGGGGAUUCCAGCUGCCAGCCGCCAUCUCUGCAGUGUUGAAGGGACAUCAGGAGACAUUUGAUCAGAGGGCUACUGGGCUCCCACAACUCUUGAGUUUCCUAGGUUUUCUUGUUUUCUUGUUUGGGGAUAUUUUCUUACAACUUACUCCCAUCUCACUUUCAGUCCUAAAGAAUAUAUUAGUAAAUGAAUUGAAAAUUCUAUUCUAUUAUUUAAAUUUAUUAUUGCAUUCAUAUAGGGGAUACCACAGGACAACUCUGUGGAAUUGGUUCUCCCCUACCUAGGUUCUAAGCAUUAACUCAUCUUGCUGGCCUGAGUAAACAAAAUUUGCUGUUGUUUUGGAUCUAGACUUCCACUUUGGUCCCAUCUUAUACUUUCAGUUCCAUCCUGCUUUGCUACUUCAAAAAUGUUUAGCAAGAUUAUAUCACUGAGCACGUUAGCUAAGGGCAUAAUUCAAUGUCCAGGCCAGUUCAUUUCCGAUAGUUUCCCUUAGAAUUGAUGACGUGUCAUGUUGCUCUGUGUGUGACACAUUACUCACUAAAAACGGUGGAAAUUGCUAAGAUCUCAACUUCUGGCCCCCAGAAAGGAGUGACCCAUAUCACUUCAUUGGUCAGGAUCCUCUAGAAUCCGCAGCGGGCCUUCUAUCCCCACCAGAUCUGAUACUAAGGCAGUUUACCACGUUCCCGUAAUUUCUCUUUUCGGGAGGGAUCCUUUUUCUCUAAAGGUUUAGGGUCUAUGGACUUGGUUGACCUGCCUCCCAGAAUACCCUGCUCUGCAGGUUUCUAAAUGGAAAAGGACAGCCUCCAAGUUUCCACACUAGGAGAGUCUGUGCAGAUCCAGGCCCCAGGACAAAAGGGCCAGCAAACCCGGCACCAGCCUGGGAAGCCGAGAGCGCAGCACUGCGGCAGCUGCUUCUGCGCAGGCGCGGAGGGCAGCGGUCAGUUCCAGAGGCCUGAGGCCCGAGGGUCCAUGGCCCUGGAAGACGGUCUGGUCAGCAGAAGCAUCACUCGACCUCCUUCGGGUCCCCAAGCCCUCCCCGAAUCCACCAGCCCAUCCUCUCGAAGUUUCUUUCUGGCCUUGUCGCCCACCUCCAGCAUAAGAGGCGGUAAGCGCACGCGCACCGAAGCUAUCCCAAGCCAGACCUGCGACUUGAUGCCUUCCGGCCUCCGUACCGCAGCAGCGUCUCCAUGGCGACCUGGUAAACCGCGCAGCUCGCUGGUUUGUUAGGUGGUGCCUGAGCCUCUCGGAGGCGGGGCAGCCGACGUGUCAGGGCGGAGUCGCAGGUGUUUUGCAAACUUGAAAAGUCCCCCGGUGUUUUCAUCCUGGAUGCUUGUUUCCACUGGUAUCUUCCAGUUAGACUGUAGUCAGGUGGCUGUUUGCUUGUCAUCUAAGCACUUUGGAGGUGCAUACAGGAAGAUCAGGAGUUAGAAGUUCACCACAGUGACUCCAUACCAAGAAGGAUGAGCAGUGGCCACUGGAGCGCAUCACAUGGAGGACACCAGCCCCCAAGCAGUGGCCGAGAAGGCUGCUAAAGACCCCAAGGCUGCUAAAGAUCUCAAGGAUGAUGCUGCUGCCGCCACCAAGAGCUUCCCCGAUCACUUUUCCAGAGAGGGUGAUGAUCAAAUGGACUUUGAAGGGGUCAUCUUUUCUUCCUCACCAGUUUUAGACCUGAGUCAAAGAGGCCUGCGCCAUUUGGGAAAGUUCUUUAAAAUUCCCAACCUCCAAAACACCACUAUUGCAAUCAACAAUCUUCAAGAACCUGGAAGUCAUUUAUAUCAGGAAGAUGGGAUCCGUAGAGUUGGGAGCAGUGACACCCUGACAGGGGGAAGCUGCCAGUGGCUGCCAAGAGUAGGAAGGCAGCACAAUGCAAUUACACCUGCAGAGGAAUUUGCUCAGGGAGAUUCCGGAGGAUUUCUUCCAACUGCUGCCCAACCUGACAUGGCUGGACCUCCGUUACAACAAAAUCAAGGUUCUUCCAUCUGGGAUUGGCUCUCACAAACAUUUGAAAACUUUGCUUCUAGAACGAAAUCCUAUCAAAAUGUUACCCGUUGAGCUGGGGCAGGUCACUACACUGACAGCACUGAACCUGAGACACUGCCCUCUGGAAUUUCCUCCUCGCCUGAUUGUGCAGAAAGGCUUGGUAGCCAUCCUCACCUUCCUACGCAUCUGCUCAGUGGAGAAGGCCUUCCCUGGAGAUGAGUUGCUUCCAGAAGUCUCAGCACCUAAGAUGGGCAGCAAUGACCUUCAGUAUCCCGUGCUCCCUCUGCCCCGUAAAGGCUCACCUAGUGAGAACAGCCUUAAUGACCCAGACCAGGAGAAGGAGAAGGCUGACUUCUUCCCACCUAUGGAAAGGCUAGACCUGAGUGAGCUCCGCAAAUCCAACGCCGCCUCCGAGAUAUGGCCCAGUAAGGAGGAGAUCAGACGCUUCUGGAAGCUGAGGCAGGAGAUUGUGGAGAAUGAGCAGGUGGAGAUUCAAGAGAAGAAGCUCUUGGCUGUUGAGCUGCCGCCAAAUCUCAAGGCAGCGCUAAACGUCAAGGAGAAAAAGCACAGGAAGCCAUGGCCCGCAGUCAGGAAGAGGUCCACCUCCUUCAAAGGCAUCUUGCCCAACCUCCCUUCAGGGUACCAAAACACAGUUCAUGCAAACAGGAUGGAAGACACUCACAAGGCGGCUCUUCAGGAGCUCCAAGAGAAGGAGACAGUGCUGGAGCAACGGAGGAGAGACAAGAGAGCUCUGCAGGAGUGGCGAGAGCAGACCCAGCACAUGAGGACCAGGAGGGAACUCAGUAAACUCCAACCUCCACAUAGUAACAUGAUGGCAUCGAAGAUUCCCUUUGCCACAGAUCUGACAGACUAUGAGAAAAUGCCAGUAAGUCCAUUUGGGAAAGUGAAGCCCAGCGGAGAGGGGACAGCACAAAGGCCUAUAGAAAUAAGUGCCUCACCAUUAGCAGAGCUGGAGGACAAGAUAAAGCGGCACACACAGCAGAUCCGCACUCGAAGUUUCCUGGGUACAAACCCAAUGCAAGACAUUAAGACAGCCAACCAGGACCUGGAAACCACUAAGAAACUUCAGGAGGAGUUAAGGAAACUGAAAGUGGAGAUGACCUUGAACAAAGACCAUCCAUUUCCAUCUUUCACUGGAAACCUUUCACUUCACCCACCAGCAUCACAGCCUCAAAAUAUAUUUUUUAACACGAAAUCCUAGGAAGGCAGCGCUGUCAGCAGGAGUGACAAGUACCUUCCACACGAGGAGCUGCUGUCCCCCAUGUGUGUGGGGACUGGCCUGGAUGACAACUCGCGGGUAACUCGCGGGUCUUCAGCUGCCACACAGGCUAUGGCUUUUAAUAGACCUGAUUCCUUCCUGAGGCUAUAGAAGGUUUAGCUGCAUUAAAAGGAAGAAUGCUGUAAGCAAGCCAAA